AUGAUUAAUCUUGGAACUGAGGAAGAACCCAAGCAGGUGAAAAUCGGGGCACUAUUAAAGGGUGAAGAAAAAGACAAAAUGAUUGAAUUACUAAGGGAAUGCCGAGACGUGUUUGCUUGGUCGUACCAAGACAUGCCAGGUUUAGACACGGAGUUAGUAACCCACAAGAUCCCGCAUCACCCGGAUUCAAAGCCAGUAAAGCAGAAACCGAGGAGCAUGCGGCCAGAGAUGUUACUCAAGAUAAAGGAGGAGGUACAGAAACAGCUUGAGGCAGGAUUCUUGGAGGUAGCCCAGUACCCUGAAUGGAUGGCCAAACGUUGUCCCAAUAAUCAAGAAAAACGAUUCUCGGGAUACAACCAGAUCAGGAUGGCACCUGAGGACAAGGAAAAAACGACUUUCAUCACAUUAUGGGGGACUUUCUAUUAUAAAGUCAUGCCAUUCGGACUAAAAAACGCCGGAGCCACUUACCAGAGGGCUAUGGUAACCCUUUUUCAUGACUUAAUGCACAAAGAGGUUGAGGUUUAUGUCGACAACAUGAUCGUUAAGUCACGAAAUGAGAAAGACCAUGUGUUAAACUUGGAAAAAUUGUUCGAAAGGCUUCAGAAGUGCCAAUUGAAGUUAAAUCCCGAAAAAUGUACCUUUGGUGCUACGUCCGGGAAGCUAUUGGGAUUUAUAGUGAGUGAGAAAGGGAUUGAGGUAGAUCCUGACAAGGUCAAAGCCAUUCGAGAGAUGCCUAGCCCAAAGUCUGAAAAGGAAGUGCGAAGCUUCUUGGGUAGGCUCAACUACAUUGCUCGGUUCAUAUCUCAAUUAACCACCACCUGCGAACCCAUCUUCAAGCUGCUGAGAAAGAACAACCCAAAAAAGUGGAACCAAGAGUGCCAAUUGGCCUUUGAAAAAAUAAAGGAGUACCUUUUGAAUCCCCCAGUACUAGUGCCACUAGUACCCGGAAGGCCUUUAAUCUUGUACUUGGCGAUUUCAGAAAACUCCAUGGGUUGCGUAUUGGGCCAGCAUGAUGAAACUGGGAGGAAAGAAAGGGCCAUUUAUUACCUUAGUAAGAAGUUCACAGAUUAUGAGUCUAAGUACUCUGAUCUAGAAAAAACAUGUUGCGCUUUGGUAUGGACGGUCAGUAGGCUGAGGCAAUACACCUUGUAUUACUCCACCUGGCAGAUCUCCAAAAUGGACCCAAUCAAGAAAGCUAUCAAAGGUAGUGUCAUUGCCGAAUACCUAGCUGAAAGAGCCGUGGAGGAUUACCAACCUAUGGAGCUCGAAUUCCUAGACCAAGAUAUAAACUCCCUAACCCAAGAGGAAGAAGACUUCGAAGAAUGGAGGAUGUUGUUCGAUGGGGUAGUCAAUGUUUGGGGACGUGGGAUAGGCGCAGUGCUCAUAUCACCAGAUGGGAAACAUUAUUCGGUGGUAGCUAAGCUCAUCUUCCCAUGUACUAACAACAUAGCCGAAUACGAGGCAUGUAUAUUGGGUUUGCAGACUGCUUUAGAUCGGGGUGUCAAGCGACUAAUAAUAAGAGGAGACUCGGCCUUAGUCAUCCACCAGCUAACCGGAGAAUGGGAAACCCGCGAUUCCAAGCUAGUACCAGUAUCGAGAGUACAUUCAAAAGAUGAUAGAAGGGUUUGA